CCUGAUUUGCCACUUUUGCAGAUUUGUAGUUAUAAAGUCCAUAUAUAUAUAUGAAUAUAUAAAUAUAGUCAUGUCAAUGACAACAAAAAGUUUGAAGAUGACUCAAAUGUUAAAUUCUGCUGUGUUGCUGCUUUUCUUGAUAUCACAGGUGUUUAAUGUUCUUGUGGAUGGACUCUGCACCGGAUAUACCUCCCCAAUUGUUUCAACCGCUACAUCAGGGUAUAUACAAUCGCCGAGAUAUCCUAAGAGUUAUCGCGAUUAUGAAAGCUGCAAAUGGUCAUUGAAUUAUCCGUACGAUCAUCGACAUUAUAUUGCAUAUUUUGAUAUUGUCGAUUAUCAGAUGAGUUACAAAAGAUUUGACAACAGUGGUAACAAGUGUACUGGAUACAUGAGCAUUUUCAAAGCUCAGACAGACUGCAAAUCAUCUAAGCCAUUUUGCAACGUUUAUUAUGUUUCGGAUCAAUGUGAAAAAGUGGCAAAUGAGAGAUACUCAGAUUGUAACAAGUUCAAGAGAAGAACACUCAUCCCAACAGAGGUUGCUUUCAAAUCAGAACCUUACUACUCGGACAGAACACCACAGAGAGGUUUCAAACUACGAUAUGAAUUUGUCGAUUGUUUGAAAGCGUUGAAGACAACACCUGUACCAACAACAUCAACAGAAGCAACAACUACACCUAAACCCACUACCACCACAGCGACUACAACCUCAACUACAACAGAGUCUGUAACGACCACCCCACUUACAAGUACAAUACAGCAAACUGCUGAAGUGAAAUCUACAUCAUCGAAUAUAUUCACAACAAAAUCUCCACCGAGGCCUUUAAUGACAACAUCUCCCAAUGCGCCACCAAAAGUAAUGACUUCACACACCCCUGCAUUGAAUCAUACCUCAGGAGCGUCACAUGUAUACACCACUGCCAAAGCAGUUCAGAAAGAAGAAAUAAUUACUGCGAAGGUAUUUGCAGCUAAUGGCGUUCAGAAGCAAAUCGCACCCAGGAGCACCACAACGACAAACAAACAGGAAAAGGACAAUACGACACCAGAGCCUGGGUGUUCUGAAGGUUCGGAUUGUGCAAACCGGCAAAGCAUUGAAGUUCCAAGCUCACUUGGUUGGGUAGCAGCUCCGAUUAUCAUAGGAAUUCUUAUUAUAGGAUUUGUUUUAUACAUCGUACUGAUUAGAAGGAGGCAGAAGCAGAAAAGCGAAGACAUUGGAUACCUGAUGGGCAUUGAAAAUCCACAUUAUAAUGGUUUAAUGAUGAAAGAAGGUGUUGAAACUGGCGCGGGAGCGUAGCAAGAAGUAUUCAACCAACAAGACAUCGAACUGUAAGGUGUGUUGAAUCGGCUUAUUACCGCAGCACGGCUUGGGACGAUGACGACCAUACGAAGAACAUGGUCUGACGUCAUAAUAACUUCAGAUUUGUUGUGCUCACUGCCGAUCACCUCAAUUUGGUAAUCGAUAUAACGUUGGAGAGUGAGUGAGCAUAUAGCCAUGGAGACUACGCUACGAAACUGAUCUGGCCAAAAUAUAAAUAAUAAGUCAUAGCAAGGCAUCGGGGUUUCUGAUUUAGUAGUAACUUUGUACACUUUCCCUGUGCACUCGUUUUAGUUCUGUACUUUCAAAUAUUAUGUUAUGAAAGAAAUAUUUCAACAAUACCUCGAUUGGUGUUCACUAUUUUCAUCCCAAAAUGAACUACAUUUGUUUCUUUAUGGCAGAGUUUACGCUAUUCCCAUUGCUGAAAUGUGAAAUUGAUUGGUGUGGUUGGAAUCUUUACUUUUGAUUUUAGUCUUGGCUAUUUGCCUUCGAGUGAAAUAUUUCGCCAGAUUUGAUUUUUUAUGAUUUCAUAAUACACCAUUGCUGUGCAAUAAAUAGUAAUUAUGCAA